AAAAAGUGAAAAAUCAAUGAAUCUUUCGAUCUUGUGUUUCUCAUAGUGAAAAUUUCUUAAUAAGUUUUAAUUGAAGAAAUACUACAUAUUCUUUAAUUCCAUUAUAAAAUAGAGCAGUAACGUUGGCUAUAAAAGAGAAAACAAAAGAAAAGUAAGAGUGGGUUUUCUAACAAACAUCGACUGAAACUAUACUGUGCGGAUAUCACUGCUUUGUAACUUGUGAAAAAGGAAUUGUGGCCAGCUGCCAUAUGAAUAUGGACAGACGUUCAAGAAGCAUAUCCCCUGUUAAUCGGCGACAUCGUAAUGGCGGCAACUUGGCUGGGGCGGGCUCACGGCGCGAUUACCGGCGAUACAGUCGCUCCCGUUCGCGAUCAAGAUCACGUGAACGCAAUCGUGAUCAAAAUUUUCGCCGUCGCAAUACCCGAUCCAAAUCGCGUGAUCGGUUGGGUCCACAUCGUCGCGGCGGUAGUGGCGAAAAAGAUUUAUAUCGCGAUUUAAUAUAUGAUGACUAUCAAGAUGAUAAAAGCUAUAAUGCACGAGGACAUCGCGGUCGUGGUGGCGGUGAUGAUGAUUUUGCUGACGACCGUGAUCGUUUUUGGAACGAUCGUGGCAGGGAGAAAGGACGUGACUUCGAUAGAGAUCGUGAGCGUGAUUAUGAUCGGGAUCGUGAUAGAAGAGAUAAUCGUCAUAAUCGAUAUGGCCGACGUUAUGAUAAUGAUCGGGACAGUGAUGAUAGCGAUGAGAGUUACCAUAAUCACUUCUAUAACAAAACUCCAUCUAAUACAAUAAUUGUACUGGGUCUACAAUCGCAUAUAACCGAGGCUGAUUUGAUGAGCAUCCUGAUACAGCAAGGCAUGACCGCUUCAAUAAGGCUUAUACGAAAACGUCAAACAGGUGCAUCACGAGGUUUCGCUUUCGUCGAGUUUAGUACCAUUGAUGAAGCUGCACGUUGGAUGGAGCUAACCCAGGGCUCACUGCAAUUAGCGGAUCAAACGUCUGCGAAUCUUCAAUACAGCGUUUCACCCAAACAGAAAGUGAAUGUUACUGACUGGCAUUGCUUCAAAUGUGGCGUUUUGAAUUUCAAACGACGGGAUGUCUGUUUUAAGUGCUACGUAUCGCGUGGGGAUAGCGAAAAAAUUGGCGAGGGUAGUGAAGAAGCCAGCCACAUCCUAACGAAAAAGAUCAUGUUACGCAAUUUGGAUACAUUAACCACGGAGGAGACUGUGCUCACCGCCAUGCAGCAACAUGUACCGGAUUUGGCAAAUAAAAUUACGAAAAUACUCAUCAGUCGAGACACCUUAACGCAGACAUCUCGUGGAAUUUGCUACUUCAAUUUCGACAGCUUAAUUGACUCGAUGAAUAUGUAUAGUGCGCUAAAAGCAUUGGAUCCACCACUGACGAUCGAUAAUCGCCAAUUGCUCAUCACCUACUGCAUAGAUCAUGAGAAUCGCGAAAUCGUACCCAAGAAAAACGAAUCUGGAGCAGGGGCUUCUGCUUCUAGUACUAUCGGUCCAAUGACGGCUGCCGAAAUGAUGGCUGCCUCGGGUUCUCUAGGUGGCGGCGCCUCAGAAUACACUUUGGCCGAUGUGCCGCGUUUGGCGGAAUACAGCGCCGCGAUAUAUGCUUCGACACCUGCUGAACAUGCCCAGUAUUUACAGUACUAUACCGAGUAUUACAUAAGCGAGAUAAACAAAGGUCAUUAUGGUAAUUUGCCAAGCUCCGUUCAAUUGGAAGAAACAUCGGCGAAUUCAGCGGCCGCUGUUGCGCUUUCGGCGAUACAACGAAAGCAAAAGAAAAUGAAUAGCAUUGAGACAACAGCAACGCAAGCGGCAGCAGCUGCAGCUGCGGCCGCGGCAGCGGUGAAAGCAAGUUUAGCAGCCAAGACUGUCGUUACGCCGAAAGGAAACGACGGCAAGACGUAUCCCACACCCGAUGUCACACUGUAUCAAUAUGAUGAAACCUCAGGGUAUUAUUACGAUCCCGCAACGGGUCUUUACUACGACGCACAUUCCCAAUACUAUUACAACAGCGAAACAGGUGCUUAUCUUUAUUGGGAUCAACGGAAAAGCACCUACGUACUGGCAACACCCGCAGCCGUGGCCGCCACUGUGCAGGAUGUAGUCAAGAGUGAAACAAAUGAAGAUAAUGCGGCCUCUUCAUCUGCUGGUAACGCAACUGCCAGUGCUACGGUUGCCAAUGAAGAUGAAAAGAAAGAGAAAAAGGAUCCAGCAAAUAAGCAUGAUAAAGUGAAGGUUGCCAAGAAAAUAGUUAAGGAUAUGGAAAAGUGGGCUAAGCAGUUGAAUCAAAAGAAAGAUUAUACAGUAGUUGCCACGCCGCAACCUAUAUUGCCUUCGAAAACAGAUGAUGUACCGUCUUUUAAUGCUGGCGCAACAGGUGGAGGUGCAAGUGGAUACUUAUCAAGUGGCUAUGCUGAUGUCGGUUUCUCAAUCUUAGAGAAGAAGGAACGUUCCAAAUUAGUGGAUUAUCUGCCUUCUGCGGCGAGUGGAAACAAACUCACUGCAUAUGCGUCUGAUUCGGAUGAUGAACAUGCCGGCUCAUUACCGUCAACGUCAACGGGCGGAGCUGCUACGUCUGAAACUAGUGAGAAGGACUAUGUCGACUUCCAAAAACUUACAUGUCUGCUAUGUAAGCGUGCAUUUCAGUCACUGGAAAUAUUGCAAAAGCAUUUAAAAAUGUCGAAUUUGCACAAGGAAAACUUGCAAAAAUUUAAUUUAUCUCGUAGUUCUACUGCCUCUGGGGAUUCCAUGAAUGCAGGUUUAUCUAAUUAUCGGGAUCGUGCUAAAGAGCGACGCCAAAAAUAUGGCGAGAGCGAUCCACCUGUUGCGAAUCGUAGCCGUGAGCGUUUCGAAAUGGAAAUGAAAUCAAUGGCAACACGUCAACCAGAAGCGCCACCAAUGCCAAUAGGGUCGAAUAACGUUGGGAAUCGUUUGCUGCAAAAAAUGGGCUGGUCCGAGGGACAAGGACUAGGCCGAAAAAAUCAAGGACGCACCAGCAUUAUAGAGGCCGAAGCACGCUCGUCAACAGUAGGCUUGGGUAACAAAUCCGGCAUUACCCCCGGUGAAGACUACAAAACCUACAUAAAGAAAAUGAUGAAGUCGCGCUAUGAGUCAGUCUGAUUCAUUUGCUCUAGUUUAAUCUUUACAACAAAUGUAGUAAAGUGUUCCGUGAUUUUGAAUAACAAUUUUCCGUUACAGGAAAAACUACGUAGAUGCAUGUAUUUAGAAGGCAGCAAGCGUUUUUUCACGUUUUUUUAAUUCAGCUUUCAUAACACAAUCAAUUAUACUUUCACUGCAUCAUUGUUGAACAUUUGUACACUAUUCAAUUAAUAAAUCAGUAUGUAUUGAAAAUAAUAUGAAGAAAAAAUGUAGCUUGUAAAUAUAAUAAUUAAAUGAUGCAAUGCAAAUAAA